AAAAGAACUGACCACGCGCUCUCGCGGCGUCUCUCGUGGCGUUUCUUCACAACGGGUCAGUUCUGUCACGGCAGACAAAGUGUUCGCAUCGGAAGUGUUAAUCUUGUAACAAGAUUUUACUUUUGUUACAAAUAAUUUUAAUUAAAAUCCUAAUUUGCGAUUUAUAUGUUUUGUAAAUUAUUUUGCUAAAAUUUGAUUUCAUAGUAUACAAUAAACAUAUAUAUGAGAAUACAAUACAUAAUACAUUGUUCCAGAAAUGUACUUGAAAUUCGAGAUCUUGAAUGUACUCUAAAUUUAAUAUACGGUACACAAGUGUUCAAGCCUAAUCAAGAAACGUUUUGUGAGUUAAAAAAGUGCAGGUUAGGACAAUUGAAAAAUGCGGAAAACAACGAGAAGAAAGGCGUUCAGCGGUAAAGCAAAGAAACAGCAGCUGCAAGCUAAGAAACAAAGACAAAAUUCAGCAUUUAGUGAAAGUCACAGCGAUGAAGACAAAGAGUGUAGUAAUUUUGAGCAUAAUGCUCAAAUACAAAAAAUUAAUAAACAACCAAAAAAUGAUUCUUCCAGAAAUAGAUAUACUUUACAAUUCUUUCAAGAGAGUAAGGAAGAAUUAUUGAAACAAAAGAAACAAGCUAGAAAUACCAUUGAACCUUUAUCUCUCAGGGAUCAAGAAGUUUUAACUAAUUACUUUCCAUUUGAAAUUGACAUGCCGAAGAGACCACCAUGGGACUUCAACAUGUCGAAAGGACAGUUAGAAUUGAGAGAACAGAAAUAUUUUACUGAAUAUCUAAGAAACAUGGAAAAAUUAAGUACUGUCAGUUAUUUUGAAUUAAAUUUAGAGACUUGGAGACAAUUAUGGAGAGUUCUUGAAAUGUCUGAUAUUUUAUUAAUCAUUGUUGAUAUUAGAUACACUGUUUUAAUGUUCCCUUCAUAUUUAUAUGAAUAUAUAACAAAUGAAUUAAAAAAGGAUAUGAUUUUAGUAUUAAACAAAGUUGAUUUAGCUCCUCCAAGCUUAGUAAUAGCAUGGAAAGAAUAUUUUCAUAUUAUGUAUCCGAAGUUACAUAUUUUGAUGUUCACGUCAUAUCCUACUUAUAAUUUACAUGGAAAUGUCAACGAAACAGAGGGAAUAAAGCAAAGACGUAGGAAAGGAAAACUUAAAAUGGCUGCAGAAGGAGCUCAAAAACUGUUGAAUACUUGUAAAGAAAUUGUUGGAAAUAAUGUUGAUUUAAGUUCUUGGCAAGAUAAAAUUCAAGAAGAAAUGCAAAUGGAAUUUGAUUUAGACGACGUUGAUCAUAAAAAUAACAUUACUAUAGAGAAAGAAGAUACAAGUUAUUUCAAACAUGAACGCUAUAAAAAUGGAGUUUUAACUAUUGGAUGUAUUGGAAGUCCAAAUGUUGGUAAAUCGUCCUUAAUGAAUGCAUUAAUGGGGAAAAAAGUUGUUAGCGUGUCACGUACACCAGGACAUACUAAACAUUUUCAGACUAUAUAUCUUACGAAAACAGUCUGCCUCUGUGAUUGUCCAGGAUUGGUGUUUCCAUCUAUGGUACCUAAACAACUACAAAUUUUAAUGGGAUCUUUUCCAAUAGCCCAAGUCAGAGAACCAUAUAUGCCAAUUAAAUUUCUGGCAGAGAGAAUAAAUUUGCCAAAGAUACUUAAAUUACAACAUCCAGAUAAUGAUGAUACAUGGUCCGCUAUGGACAUUUGCGAUAGUUGGGCUUCUAAGCGAAAUUUUGUUACUGCACGAACCGCUAGACUUGAUUCUUACAGAGCAGCUAAUUCAUUAUUAAGAAUGGCGCUUGAAGGGAAAAUUUGUAUGUACAUAUAUCCUCCGGAUUGGACUAUCAAUAAAGAAAAGUGGGAGAAUCAUUCAGAAAUUGAAUUAGUUAGAUGGAUUCAGGCUAGGAAUAAAGAUGAAGAUGUUGACAGUGCGGAAAGAAUAUACGCUUCGUCCGAAGAUGAAAAUGUUGAAGAGGAAAGUUUAGAAACCCAAAAGCAUCAAAAGAAAAUAUCAAAAAUAACAUCCGACAGUUCUGAUGAUUCUAGUGAAACAACAAGCGAAGAAUCAAAAAUACCAUAUGUAGUCAACAAAUUUGAAGCAUUAUCAACAGAUAUGUAAGAAGUUUAAUCUUUAAGUUAGUCAGUUGUUAAUACUUUUUAUUCGUUUUUUGAUAUACAUCAUACAUCUAUCUUGAAUUAUCUAUUUACAACGAAAUAGAAUACAAUAUUUCUAACGAAAUAUUUAACAAGUAAAAAUAGUAUAUACUACAUAUAUAUAUAUGCAGUGUGUUCACGAUAUUAUUGGUCAAUAUUUUUCGCAUUAAUGAUAAAUUUUUGAAAGAAAUAAAAAAGAGAAAAGUUAUAACAUAAUAGCGUAUUUCAUUUUUUUAUAUUUAUGUUGUUAUGUAUAUGUUAUAUAUUAUGUUGUUCAAGAAAUGAAAGUGACCUUCGAUUUUCAAAUAGAAUGAUACAUUUUUAACUCUAUUAAUUGGUGCAGUCUGACGUUCUUCAGACACAACAUCGUGUUGUCUGUAAAAAAAUAUUACAACUUUUUUUCAAAAAUUUACCAUUGAGGAGAAAAACACUGGCCAAUAAUACUGUAAAUACGCUAUAUAUAUAUGUAUGUAUGUAUUAUUGUUCUGCAUCUAAUAAUUCCUAAUUAUUUAUUGUACUGCUCAUUAUAUAUACACAUUAGCUUUUAUUACUGUUUCGUUGGUCCACUAUACAGCGAUUAUUUAUUAGAAAGAUCUCUAGAAGCAUAAUUAAUUUUCAUUUUGAUAUUUAGAAUUGUUUGCGAAAGGAAAAGAUAUUCGAGUUGUUAGCUAAAAAUUCAUAG